UUGGACCAGUCCGUCAUCAAUGGGAUUGCCACCGGAGACCCAGCAGCCAGGAAUAAGAGUCUCAUCAAGAAAUGGUGCCAUACCAUCACCAAAACAACCUUAAUGAACGUCACGGUUCCUGGUCCAGAUAACUGCACGUCUCCGUCCCUGUGCUGGGUCGAUGGCAACUACACCAUCACACUGAAGAACGUUUCUGAAACGUGCAAUCUCCAGAAAUGUAAGCAUAUAUUUGUGAAUGUGAAUCUGCCGGACCUGGCGGUGGGUCUGAUCCUGCUCGCUCUCUCUCUGCUGGUGCUCUGCUCCUGCCUGAUACUCAUCGUCAAGCUGCUCAACUCCAUGCUGAAGGGACAGGUGGCCUCAGUCAUCAAGAAGAUCCUCAACACCGAUUUCCCAUUUCCAUUCGGCUGGGUCACAGGUUACAUUGCCAUUUUUGUCGGAGCUGGAAUGACAUUCAUUGUGCAGAGCAGCUCUGUUUUCACUUCUGCUAUCACUCCACUUGUCGGUAUUGGUGUCAUCAGCAUAGAGAGAGCAUACCCAUUGUCUCUGGGUUCAAAUAUUGGUACAACCACCACAGCCAUCCUGGCAGCUAUGGCUAGUCCUUCAGAGACACUGGCAAAUUCUCUACAGAUUGCCCUCGUACACUUCCUGUUCAACAUCUCUGGCAUCCUUCUGUGGUAUCCAAUCCCCUUCACGCGAAUCCCUAUCCGGCUGGCAAAAAGCCUGGGAAACAUCACCGCCACCUACCGCUGGUUUGCUGCCGUCUACAUCAUCAGCUUCUUCUUCAUUUUACCGCUCUUCAUCUUCAGCCUGUCUCUGGCCGGCUGGAAGGUGAUGGUGGGUGUGGGUGUUCCUCUGGUCGCCAUGCUGAUCCUCAUCGUAGUGAUUAACGCGCUGCAGAAAAGGAAACCCCGGUGCCUGCCUGCAGCCCUGCGAUCCUGGGACUUCCUCCCUCUGUGGGCCCAUUCCCUGGAACCCUGGGACAAAUUGGUUGGUGCUUGUACCGCAAAAUGCUGUUGCUGCUGCAAGUGCUGCCAGCUUGCUGUUGAAGGGGAAGAACACAAAGAGAAAGAGUGUGUGGAAAAUAACAACAAAUCACACAUAGCAGUGUAUGAUAAUCCUGCAAUGAGUGCAGAGAAGGAGGUGGAAAAUGAGUUCAAUUUAGAGCUAAACAUUCUGAAAAACACCCAGUUUUGAGAUUUUAAAUAUAUAUUUGUGACUAUGUGUAUAUAAUGGAAAGAAGUAUAUUACAGUAGGCAUGGCACAAGGACCAAACACAUCCAGGCAAAACUAUUUAAAAUGUAUGUUAUUAAUUUAGUAUAAGAUGGUUUAAUAAGGAAUAUCAGACAAUAAAAGAGAAAGUGUUUUUCAGCUGCGAGAAGUACGAAUCAAUUUUAUGAUUAAGAUUUGUGAACAAUAAGGAAAAUAUAAUUUUCUAUUGGCUUAUUCUACAUUAUUUGGUUUUCUAACAUUUUUGAAAUACAUCUUUCAUUUGAUCAAAUCAUGAGAUUACUAAAAUAAUUCAAUAUAAAUAAGGUAUAGCAUAAGUUAUUUAAUGUUAAGUUAAGUCAAUAACGGGCUCAUAACAAACUGUUAUUUAAAAUAGCAAAGCAAUGUAAAGGUUGUUUUUUAUUCUAUAUUAUUAAAAUGUGAACACUGAGGAUGCCAUGCCAUGGCCUUCCAUACAGGAAAUACAGUCGGUCAGAAUAACAUCUGCACAAAACCACAGGUUUUUACUGUGUAUAAGACACACUGAGAUCCUUAUCACAUCGUUUUAAGGUGUAUAAUAAUUCAAUUUAAUUGAGACAGAUAAUCGUAUUCAAGGAAUAUGUAGUUUGAAAUUAGAUGACUGUGCAUCUGACUUAAUGUUUGUAACUCUUUGUACUUAAUCUUGAGUUUCUUGUUGUGUUGCAAUAGUAUCUAUAUGAACAUAUAAAAUGUUAAAAAACUAUACCUAAUUGAAAGUUUUUCCCCCUCAGAAACCACUAGACUCAUCAUUUUAAAUGCUCCCUCAUUAGCUUGUGACGGCCGCACAUUGAUUUAAGGUGUUUCUUCUAAACUGUAGUGGCAGGGGAAAAGGUUUAAGGCAUGUUGUUGUUAAGCAUAUUUGUAUAAGAACAAAGUCAUGUUUCAGUUCAUGUGUAUAUGACAUCAUCAGAAUGUGCCUGAGUGUGAAAGAAACGUGGUGAUGCUAAUGAGCAUGCGCAGAUGCAAUAAACGGUCAG